AUGAAUCAAACAGGAAGGACCAUAGGCGGUCCUCAAAAUGGCGUGAAUACAGUGAUUAACCCCUUCAGAGUUUCUCCUUCAGAGGACAGAGUAUCAAGCAGGGAUGAAACGCCCAGGAAUUAUAAUAACCCAUUUUUAAAUGAAGAUGACACUAGGAGGGCCCAUAACAGUAGCGUUUCCAAUUCUAGACAAGAAAGACUCCCAUCAUAUGAAGAAGCUGCGGGGACACCGAAACAGCAAGCUCCAUACCCAAAAGAAAAGAAACGCAGUAGUGGUUCAAAUAGUCACCAACACAACCACCACCACCAUCGUCGUACAUCACACGGACAUAGGGACAAAGAUAAGCAGAAGAGCAAAAGCAGAACCAAGGUUAAGCCCCCUAAAAAUGUAGACACUAUUGACAAGAUGGAUGUUACAGGAUUAUUUGGCGGAUCUUUCCAUCAUGACGGCCCCUUUGAUGCAUGCACUCCACAGAGAAAUAAGAAUAAUAAAGUGGCGCCUGUACUGGCCUUCCCAGCAGAUGGUCCAAAUAAUACAGUAGGCGGCCGCACAAGUAAGAAGUCUACCUUAGAUGAGGUGUUUGGUAGGGAAACAGUAGACGACGAUUCUGAGACGCUGAACCAACUACAAGAUAGAGCAUAUUUAUUCAAUAAGGCCAAUUCCAGUACUACGACUUUGGAUGCGAUUAAACCGAAUUCAAAAAAUAUUACCCAGUUCGAUUCCAAAAUGAAAACUGAACUAGUCCAUGGGCCCAUUACGAUGGGUCUAGGCUCAACGACGUUCCUGGAUGGCGCACCAGCGUCUUCCGCUGCCAUAGAGCAAGAUGUUAUCAACCACGCACAAGAAUCUCGUAGGAAAAACAGCAUAGCAAGAAAAAAGUCUCUCCCCUCAAGAAGACAUCUACAAGUGAACAACAACAAUUUAAAGCUAGUGAAAACACAUAGUGGACACUUGGAGCAAAAGGACGUAGACGAUAAUAGAACUUCUGUUCCGGUCACUGCCACCCAAGGAAGCGGUCACGAAGAUGUUGUUAAAAAGGAAAACACCGGCAACAAGCUAUUAAGGAGGGUGAAAAGCUUGAAAACUAGUAAAAAGCACUGA